AUGUGUCGUUCCGGCGUCUCCCCUGGUGGUUCUCGUGGGUUCUGCCUUAUCUUCCCCCCACCCACUUUCUCAUCCAACCAUAUUCGGAUUUCACCGCUUUUCGAAAACUCUCCAUCUUCACGGGACCAUAUAGAUGAGGUCAAGGUACACCAUGCACUGCUGACGGUCCGCUGCUGGUGCGGGGCUUCCGCUUUGAAGAAGAGGGCUUCCACCACCACUCUCUGGGCGAAGUCGUGGUCGAAGUUGUUGCAGCAACGAUCAGGUACAAAUCAGGUACGUAUUAUGAACCUCAGGUUACAAAAUUUGGAAAUUUUGUACAAAUCAGGUACGUAUUAUGAACCUCAGAUUUUCAGAGCCGUGGCCUACACAUCAAGACUCAAAAUCUAUUGGUAUGCUUCUCUACAUAUUGGAGUGUGUCACAUGGACAUCAAGCCUCAAAAUCUGUUGGUAAACCCACAUACCGAUGAGGUAAAGCUAUGCGAGUUUGGAAGUGCAACAGUUUUGGUAAAAGGAGAGCCAAACAUAUCUUAUAUUUGUUCAAGCCUCUUUUUCCUUGGUGAGAGUGGAGUCGGCCAGGUAGUGGAAAUCAUAAACAAUUUGGUGAAGAAGCUUAAAGAUGUCUGA